CUGUCUGUGCUUGUCAUGAUAGUGGCACAUACUCCCUGUCGCAUUCGCUGUCGCAAUGUACCUGAAGAUCCAAUCAAGCUAGUCACCCUCCUAAUCAUCAUUUGCCUGGACAUCUUGAUGUCGCUGCCAACUUUCUCCGUUUUAUCUUUACUUUAUGUUUUAGCUUCCCAACCUGCUGCUGUACUCCAUCCGGUUUUCCUGUUCCCUUCCACGUCUACCGACAUACGUACAUCGUACAGUACCUGUAGAUAUCAGUCGUUGCCCAGCAUCGCAUCAAACCCACUCACUGUCAUCACCGACCUCCCCGACACUUGCUCGCUUGCUUUUGCUCCGUCAAAGUCUCACUUCCUCUCACUUCCUCUCUCGCCUUACCCUCACCUCGAACGCAGUCUGCCGAAGCGGCGUCCCGACUUGUCUCUCGCUGUCUCUUGUCUACCUAGGUAGGUAGGUACCUUAGGCUGCCCGCUGCGUCGCUUCAUUUUGUGUCUUUUUUUUUUGCUCCCGCCUGCAGGGAAGGCUCUGGUUAUAUUUUUUUAAUGAGAAAGGAGAGAUCAGGGGACCCCUUCCUUCCCUCCUAAACCGUCCCGAAAGUCCCACUUUCACUUGACCCCCUCUUCCUUCCUUGCUCCUCCCUCCUCCCUCCUCCAUACUACCUACUAUCCCGUUCCACUGUCCUUCAUCGCCUCGUUCGACGGGGCAAACACUCACAUUGGGGCGGCCCCUUCCUUCCCCUAGAGUACCACAAACCACGUCGAUAUCCACCAGACCCAAAGACUAGAACAGAACCUCGCCCACCUCACUCUCGUGCUUACGAAACUCCCGGCGGACUGUGAGGUGCCAAGGCCCACACACACAUACACUUGCCUACCCUACCUCCCUAGUCUACCUAUGUACAGGAGCUACCGCCGCACUCGCCUUAUCCAAUCCUCCUGUACCCCCUACUGGGCACUGUGGAAGGGCGACGGGCUCACUACCUACGCCAUCGUCCCCAACUCUAAAAAUUCCACGCCCCCGUCAGACAUAAACACAUAAUCCAAUCCUCGCGGCCCGCCCCUGACUUGACCGCGCCUCCUUGGAACUGGAAUCAUACUCCCUCUCUCAACUCCCAAUUCCCUGCUCAGGCUUCAUACUCGCCUUGUGUGUCGUCCUCACCUCUACCUAUUUGCUCCAUUGCGAGUCGACAACCUGUCGUGGUCGUAUAUACUUCUCCCCUCCCGAAUCAAACCAAGGCGACCGCAGCAAGGACGCCUCUUACCUGUCUUUGACAAUUCGGCCGUUACCCCUUUCAGCGCCAACGACCAAAGGGGUAAAUCGACUUUCUUCAACCCCCCGACCUCUCCUGCCCUUGCUCUGUUUUUCGACAACCGCAUCCGGCCGAUCACGCCCUUUUCCCAUAACCCCGGAUCAGGAUCAAUUGUCUCGUCAAAUCGACCAGGGGAUCAAUCGCCAGUCAUGGCGUCUUCGUUCGGUGCGGCUUUUCGCUCUCUCUGGCACGAUUUAACCAGCUACGACCGACACUCUACCAUUGACUCCCCCCACCGAACCGGUCGACACGUUCCUCUGAACCGCCAGAGCGGCAUUCUUACCUCCGUCGCGACCGCCUCUGAAUCGCGCGCCGAUGUCUCCGCCCCCUUUGCCGAAGACUACAAUAGAUUCUCCCGCGAGAACAGCUACCAAGGCGGUGGCAUGCCCUACACCCCGACCAGUCCCAACCCGUCAGCGCCCUAUUCCCCCGGUCUGAGGUCUCAAUCUGCCCGACGCGAGAGCCAGCAGGAUGGCUUCGAGCUGCAAGGUCCGGGAGAUGUCCCUAUGCAGUCUUUCCAGGACGGCUCUCCUCCCCCGCCCCCCGUUUCCCAUUCGUGGAAGAAGAUCGACGCCUGGGCCGAAGAGCACUACCCUGAGCUAUGGGACCAGCUUUGCGAGGGCUGCACCGACAACGACCUCAACGAAUUGGAGCAUCAGCUGGACUGCUCUCUACCCCUCGACGUGAGAGAGUCGUUGAUGAUUCACGACGGCCAAGAGCGAUUGGGAAUGCCCACCGGCAUUAUCUUCGGCUCCAUGCUACUUGACUGCGAGGAGAUGGUUCAGGAGUGGGAUCAGUGGCGCAAGGUCAACCACGAAUUCCUCUCAGAAGCCGCCUACGCCCGGCCCGCCGCUUUGCCCAAAGCUCUCGGCAGCAGUAACCAGGCCUCUUCGUCCAGGACACCCGCGUCGCCUGCUGCCGCGAACAACGGUUCGUGGCGCCAGGAGCUCAUCUCUCGCCAGGAGAGCAUCCCUCCCAACGCAGUGCAGCGCUCCUAUGCGCACCCAGCUUGGAUUCCUCUUGUGCGCGACUGGGGUGGUAACAACUUGGCCGUGGAUCUCGCUCCCGGCCCUAACGGAAGAUGGGGACAGAUCAUUCUAUUUGGUCGUGACUACGAUACCAAAUACGUCAUUGCUCGCUCCUGGGCCCACUUCCUCGCCAUGGUCGCCGACGAUCUCUCCAGUGGCAAGUGGUUUGUGGAUGAGGAGACCAACGAGCUCAAACUGCGGGAGUUUAAGGAGACACGUGUUGAGCCUCCCUACUUCGGUAUUCUGCGAUGGCGCGUGGACCAGAAGUAUGGCCGUAGAGCUGCCAAGCGCAAGUCGGUCGUGGCCCCCAACAGGGCCGGAUCCCCUGCUGGAUCCGGCGCCAACUCCCCAUACGCGAGCCCGACAACCGAGCCCAACGGCGAACAACGAGGAAGAUCAAUGCAGCGACUGGGGGGUACAUCUCCGAUGGCCAGCCCAAUUCGCCCUGGCUACGGCAAGUCCAGUCCCCUUGCACGAGUGGCCGAGGAAACCCCUCUGCCGGACCUCGAGGCCAACGGCCUUAAGCCAACGAAGCUUGUCGAAGUCGAAACCCCCCGGCCGAGCGAGGAUAACGGCAAGGGUUCGCGCGUGUCGCUCUUAUCGCACGUUGAAACCGCGGAGGGCGAAGGCAAGGAGAACCACAACCCCGCCGCCAAGACGAACGGCAAGGCCAACGGCAAGCAGCCCGAGGUGUUGGAGGAGUCAAUGAAGGAGAUCGAGAUUUAGAAGGUGCGCAAAACUGGAUACGACAGAACGACGAUACGGUUUCCCCCAUUCUCGGGGCCUUGUUACGCGACAAGGCUCGUCAUACAGCAAAACAUCGGCGUUUGAGGCGUCCGUGACUCUGAUCAUUAUGAGAGGACGUUCGCAGGGGGUCAUACAACAUUGAAAACUCUUUUAUUUUAUUUUUCCGAGCAUCAGGGAACACGGCGGCUGGGCUUUUUUCUGAAGUCUUUUUUCUACUCCUUUUUUCUUCUCUUUUGGGCUUUCUCUGGAAAGGACCGAGACCAGAAUACAUAGGGUGGACGUCUCUUCCGCUCCAAGUGUUCUGCAGUCUAUGGACAUAGCUGCGCGGAUACGUACAUUUGCACCAACCUGUGUUAUCAGCAAGUUGGGUGGCGGCUUUGCGGUCGUCCCUGGACGGGGGUUGCCUGCCGACCAUGGUCUCCUGGGAGAAGGCGUAUGGGACGACAAACUUGUGGGCUGAUGGCAGGCGUGCCAGUAAUUGUUAGUGUACUAUUAGGACCUCUUGUCUACUUUUGUAUGUCGAACGCUCCGAGGGGGCGUAGGAUGAGUCCUCAAUACAAGUCGGCUGAGAUGACCUUGGCCAAUUCGAGUUUUUGACUGCCUUCGUGUCGUUGUGAGCAUAGAUCGACCUAGCGCCAGCGCGCAUGGGUUCGGGGCGUGGCAGGAAUGCCCUCAUUUCCUCGUAUUCCAAGCUACUAGGGCUGAUCCAUGCUUUCGCCAAAUCGGGGGCCAGAAUGAGCCUAAAACGCCGCGACAGCCUGGUCCGCACAGAUCAGAUUUACGGCAGAAGACCCGCGCCCACGCUGUGUCUUCGUGUCUGAUAUCGUAUACGGGCCCGGGCUUGGUCGAGUCGAGGCAAGGGAGGUUGAGCUGUAGUUGGUAAUGAGGUAUCCUAGGUGGAUGUAAGAUGGUUUACCAAGCAAUCGAUAUGACGACGGCUCAGGCAAUCACUCUUACGAUCCGAAAAGUCAUUGACACUUCGAUUGUGAAGAUUCAAGCAGGAUACUACC